AUGGGCUGCGACGUCCGGGUGUCGGGGCUGCUCCGCCGCAACCUGCAGCCCACGCUCACCUACUGGAGCGUCUUCUUCAGCUUCGGCCUGUGCAUCGCCUUCCUGGGGCCGACGCUGCUGGACCUGCGCUGCCAGACGCGCAGCUCGCUGCCCGAGAUCUCCUGGGUCCUCUUCUCGCAGCAGCUCUGCCUCCUGCUGGGCAGCGCCCUCGGGGGCGUCUUCAAGAGGACCCUGGCCCAGUCGCUGUGGGCCCUCUUCACCUCCUCCCUGGCCAUCUCCCUGGUGUUCGCCGCCAUCCCCUUCUGCCGGGACGUGGAGGUGCUGGCCUCCGUCAUGGCGCUGGCCGGCCUGGCCAUGGGCUGCAUCGACACCGUGGCCAACAUGCAGCUGGUGAGGAUCUACCAGAAGGACUCGGCCGUCUUCCUCCAGGUUCUCCAUUUCUUUGUGGGCUUUGGUGCACUGCUGAGCCCUCUCAUCGCCGACCCUUUCCUGUCUGAGGCCAACUGCUUGCCUGCCAACAGCACAGCCAAUGCCACCUCCGGCAGCCAUCUGUUCCAUGCCUCCAGAGUCCUGGGCCGCCAGCACCCUGAGGCCCAGCCUUGGUCCAACCGGACGCUGCCUGGGCUGCCCUCGCAGGACGGGGCAGGGACCCGUGUGUCCUAUGCCUUCUGGAUUAUGGCUCUGAUCAACCUCCCGGUGCCCUUGGCCGUGCUGUAUCUGCUGUCCAAAGAGCGCCUGCUGGGCUGCUGCCCUCAGAGGAGGCCCCUGCUGCUGUCUGCGGACGAGCUCACCCUGGAGACACAGCCUCCUGAGAAGGAAGACGCAUCCUCGCUGUCCCCCCAGUUCCACCCAGGGCACGACGACCUGUUCAGCUGCUGCCAGAGGAAGAACUUCAGAGGGGUCCCUUCUUCCUUCUUCGCCAUCCACAUCACAGCCGCCCUGGUCCUGUUCAUGACCGACGGGCUGACGGGCGCAUACUCCGCCUUCGUGUACAGCUAUGCAGUGGAGAAGCCGCUGUCCGUGGGACACAAGGUGGCCGGUUACCUCCCCAGCCUCUUCUGGGGCUUUAUCACCCUGGGCCGGCUCAUCUCCAUUCCUGUCUCCUCCAGAGUAAAGCCAGCCACCAUGGUUUUCAUCAAUGUGGUCGGCGUGGUGGUGACGUUCCUGGUGCUUCUUGUUUUCUCCCAUAACGUGGUCUUCCUGUUCGUGGGGACGGCCAGCCUGGGUCUGUCCCUCAGCAGCACCUUCCCCAGCAUGCUGGCCUACACCGAGGACGUGCUGCAGUACAGAGGCUGUGCGACCACAGUGCUGGUGACGGGGGCGGGCGUCGGAGAGAUGGUCCUCCAGAUGCUGGUCGGUUCGAUAUUCCAGGCUCAGGGCAGCUAUAGUUUCCUGGUCUGCGGUGUGAUCUUUGGUGGCUUGGCUUUCACCUUCUAUAUCUUGCUCCUGUUUUUCCACAGGAUGCACCCUGGACUCUCAUCAGGUCCUACUCAAGACAAGGCACUUGGAAUGGAGAGCCUGGAGAGCUACCAGAGGAAGAGCUAGGAGGCGGUGGGCGGCGAUGUCCAGCCUCCUGAGCAGCAGCUCAGCUCAAAGGGCUGAAGAAGCCAGGGCGGCAGCAGAGGCACCUCUCGACGCUUUGGUUCUCAUCUUCACUGAUACUGGGUGGGGUAAAAGAAAUUAAACUGGGUUCUGUACCUGGACCUCCCUGGGCAAAUCAUUAGAUGUUUACCUGGCUGUUCAAGUUGCUCUCCUCUUCCCUGGCUCAGACUUUUGGUGAGAGUGAGUCAAGAUACCCAGCUGGAAAGGAAGACACCGAGAUGCUUCAGCCAUUGGCCACCUUCUGCAUGAACCACACCCUGAGUCUGAAGAUCACUCUUGGUUGAAGCUUGAAAAAAAUAAGUUGAAAUUAUAAACAGCAAUGAUCAUUGCUAUAUAUAGACAGAUUUUAAGUUAAUCAA